ACACUUCAUCUUCCUCCUCUCUCUCUCUCUGUCUUGUCCUCUGAUCCAGAUGUUCUCCAAAGCCUCCAUCUUUCUACUUUUCACCAUAUCCCAGUUACUACCCCGACCAAUCUCAUGCAUUGAUUUCGUCUACAACUCCAACUUCACCACCACCAACACACUCCUCAUCGACGCCACCGUCGACUCUCCGCCGUCAAUCCUAACCCUCACCAACGAAACCACUUCCUCCAUCGGACGCGGUCUCUACCCUUCAAGAAUCCCCGCCUCCUCCUCCUCAUCCCCUCUCCCUUUCGCCACGUCAUUCAUCUUCUCCAUGGCCCCUUUCAAACACAGACUCCCAGGCCACGGCUUCGCCUUCGUCUUCCUCCCUUCCUCCGACACCUCCGCCGCCGAGUCGGCUCAGCACCUCGGCCUCCUCAACUUGACCAACAACGGCGACCCUACCAACCGAAUCUUCGCAGUCGAGUUCGACGUCUUCUCCAACCAAGAGUUCAACGACAUCAACGACAACCACGUCGGCGUCGACGUCAACUCCCUAACCUCCCUUUCAUCUUCCGUCGCCGGUUUCUACAGAGACGACGGUUCCUUCACGGAGCUCAGGCUUAACAGUGGAGAUAACUAUCAGGUCUGGAUCGAGUUUAACGGCUCGGCGAUCAACGUCACGAUGGCUAGAGCCGGCUCGUUGAAACCACUAAGACCUCUCAUAAGCACUCCUCUGAACCUCACCGGAGUUUUACUCGGUGACAUGUUCGUGGGGUUCACGGCAUCCACGGGGCUACUAGUGCAGAGCCACAGGAUCCUCUCAUGGAGCUUUAGCAACUCUGACUUCUCCGUAGGCGACGCUUUAAUCACUAGGAACCUUCCUUCGUUUAAACUACGAGACGGCUCUGUUUUGAACUCUAAAGGGUUCGUCGCUGGGGUCUCUAUUGGUGCCGUUGCGUUACUAGUUUGCGUUAUUGUGGUUGUUCUCUACGUUGUGAGGAGAAGAGAGCGGAGAAGACGAGACGAAGACGAUGUUGAAGAUUGGGAGACUGAGUAUUGGCCUCAUAGAGUGCAAUAUAGAGACGUUGUGGAAGCUACGAGAGGGUUCUCGGAAGAGAACAUGAUCGGGUACGGAGGGAACUCGAAGGUGUAUAGAGGAGUGUUGGAAGGCAAAGAAGUGGCGGUGAAGAGGAUUACGACAAGCCCUCGUGAUACCGUGGCUGGGACGAGUGAGUUCUUGGCCGAGGUCUCGAGUUUGGGGAGGUUAAGACACAAGAAUAUAGUGGGGCUUAGAGGUUGGUGUAAGAAAGGAGGUGAGUGUCUUGUCUUGGUGUAUGAGUAUAUGGAGAAUGGGAGUGUGGAUAAGCGGUUAUUUGAUUGCGAUGAGGUGUUGGAUUGGGAGGAGAGGAUGAGAGUGUUAAGAGACGUAGCUUCGGGGAUGUUGUAUCUACACGAAGGGUGGGAGUCAAAAGUGUUGCAUAGAGAUAUCAAGACGAGCAAUGUGUUGCUUGACAAGGAUAUGAACGCUAGAGUUGGCGAUUUCGGGUUGGCUAAGUUGCAGAAUACUAAUAAAGAGAUGGUUAGUACGACGCACGUGGUUGGAACCGCGGGUUACAUGGCGCCUGAGUUGGUUAAGACAGGGAGAGCAUCUGUGGAGACGGAUGUGUACAGCUUUGGAGUGUUUGUGUUGGAGGUAGUGUGUGGGAGGAAGCCAAUAGAGGAAGGAAGGGAAGGGAUAGUGGAGUGGAUGUGGGGACUGAUGGAGAGAGACCAAGUGGUUGAUGGUUUGGACGAGAGGUUGAAGGUGAGAGGAAGGUUUGAGGUAAAGGAAGUAGAGAUGGCUUUGAGGAUAGGACUCUUGUGUGUGCAUCCUGAUCCGAGGGUAAGGCCGAAGAUGAGACAAGUGGUGCAUAUAUUGGAACAAGGGACGUUGAGUGAUGAUGAGAGGGAGAGGGAAGGUAUGGAAGUGAGCUUGUUGGAGAGGAUGAAGAGUUCUUAUUUGUUGGGAACUAGUGAUGGAAUACUACAACAACAACAACAUCCCACGUUUUUAGAUGUAUGGAACUCGACUUCUCAUUCUCAUUCCUUUAGGAGUUCUAGUUCUAUUUUUCAAGGAAGGUGAAAAGCCAGUGUGAGAGUUGUUUUUUUUUUAUAGUAUUUCUAUACUAUACAGUAUAUAUAUAGAGGUUGUGUGAUUUGUCUGUUUAUUAGACUUGCAUGAAUUCAUCUAUGUCUGAAC